AGACACAAAUAAGAAGAACUAUGUCAACAAGAAAAUGAUUCUUUACAUACAUCCACAUAAAAUACAUCAUACAACAAAUGAAAGUUAGUUCAGUUGAUAAGGAGUUGAUUCAGUCGCAAGAUCGUAGGUUCAACUCUCACUAUCAAUGUGAGGAUCUCUUUAAUGGUGAUUUAUAAGAACCUCUGUAAACGUUCUUUCAACUACUAUGUUUGUUCCGACUCGUAAGCUCUUGGAGUCUGACUCAUCUAAACCAUUAGGAGAAAAAAGAAUGAACAUGCAUGUAUGACAUGAAAAAACCAACUAUCAAAACAAAAGUCGAACCUACGAAACCCAAAUGACAUGGUCACAUUCAAAGACAACACUUUCACAAACCACUACCUUAUCAUCACUCGCUCUUCAUUUCCGCUCUCUCCUCCGACAAUGCUCACGCGCCACCGCUCUCCGCCCCGGACAACAACUCCACGCCACCGCAAUCGUCACUGGCCUCAUCUCUUCCCCAAACCACUUCCUCCGUAACGCCCUUCUCCAUCUCUACGGUUCAUGCUCCCUUCCUUCCCACGCACGUAAACUGUUCGAUGAAAUUCCUCAGUCACACAAAGACUCUGUAGAUUACACCGCCCUCAUUCGUCAUUGUCCACCAUUUGAAUCCCUCAAAUUGUUCAUCCAAAUGCGACAAUUUGAUCUUCCUCUUGAUGGGGUUGUCAUGGUUUGUGCACUCAAUGCUUGUGCAAGACUUGGUGGAGGAGACACUAAAGUUGGGUCUCAAAUGCAUGUGGGUGUUGUGAAAUUUGGAUUUGUGAAGUUUGAUAAAGUUUGUAAUGCUUUGAUGAAUGUGUAUGUUAAAUUUGGGCUUGUGGGUGAGGCUAGAAAAAUGUUUGAAGGGAUUGAAGUUCGUAGUGUUGUGUCUUGGAGUUGUUUUUUGGAAGGUUUGGUGAAAUGGGAGAGUGUGGAGAGUGGGAGAGUGUUGUUUGAUGAAAUGCCGGAGAGGAACGAGGUUGCUUGGACUGUUAUGAUUGUUGGUUAUGUUGGGAAUGGGUUUACAAAGGAAGCGUUUUUGCUUUUGAAAGAAAUGGUUUUUGGGUGUGGGUUUAGGUUGAGUUUUGUUACGUUGUGUUCUGUUUUGUCGGCUUGUUCUCAAUCUGGUGAUGUUUGUGUAGGUAGAUGGGUUCAUUGUUAUGCUGUUAAGGAAAUGGGGUUGGAUUUUGGUGUUAUGGUUGGGACUAGUUUGGUUGAUAUGUAUGCAAAAUGUGGUAGGAUAAAUGCUGCAUUGUCGGUGUUUAGGAGCAUGCUAAAGAGGAAUGUGGUGGCUUGGAAUGCUAUGCUUGGUGGAUUAGCAAUGCAUGGGAUGGGGAAAAUUGCGGUGGAUAUGUUUCCUUCUAUGGUGGAAGAAGUGAAACCCGAUGGUGUUACUUUUAUGGCUUUGUUAAGUGCUUGCAGCCAUUCGGGUCUAGUUGAAAAGGGUUGGGAUUAUUUUCAUGAUCUCGAGCCUGUUUAUAGGAUUAAGCCAGAAAUAGAGCAUUAUGCUUGCAUGGUGGGUCUUCUCGGUCGAGCCGGACGAUUGGAAGAAGCUGAGAUUAUGGUAAAGAAUAUGCGUAUUCCUCCAAAUGAAGUUGUUUUGGGGUCACUUAUUGGUUCUUGUUAUGCACAUGGUAGGUUGCAGUUAGGUGAAAAGAUUAUGAGAGAUUUGCUUGAGAUGGAUCCACUUAACACCGAGUAUCAUAUCGUGCUUUCGAACAUGUAUGCAUUGUCUGGAAAAGUAGAAAAGGCGAAUUCGCUUAGGCAGGUUCUUAAGAAAAGGGGUAUCAAAAAAGUGCCAGGAAUGAGUUCAAUAUAUGUUGAUGGAAAACUUCAUCAGUUUAUUGCAGGGGAUAAAUCACACACAAGAACUUCGGAGAUUUACAUGAAGCUAGAUGAGAUGAUUUGUAGAUUGAGGUCGGCGGGUUAUGUUCCUAAUACAAGUUGUCAAGUUUUGUUUGGUUGUUCAAAUAGGGAUGAUUGCAGUGAAUCAUUGGAGGAGGUAGAACAAGUGUUGUUCACUCAUAGUGAGAAGCUGGCACUGUGUUUUGGACUAAUGAGCACACCAUCUGGUUCCCCUUUGCAUAUUUUCAAGAACUUGAGGAUAUGUCAAGACUGUCAUUCUGCUAUUAAGAUUGCCUCUAAAGUAUACAAACGCGAAAUUGUUGUCCGAGAUCGUUAUCGUUUUCAUAGUUUCAAGCAUGGCUCUUGUUCUUGCUCUGAUUAUUGGUGAAGGACCCUUUGGGUGGUCAAAGUUUCAUUCAUUGUGCAAAGUUGUGAAGUAAAAGCUACUCUUAAUAUGAAGAAAAUUAAUGAUGUUUAAUGUACGCCGACAUACAAUACAAAUAGAAUAGAACAAUACAAUUUCUUA